GAGCUCCGUGCUGCUGCUGCUGCUGCUGCUGAACCCGGCGCGGCUGAGAUGAUGGAACGCAGCCCCGGGCGGACUCCUGCACCUCUGCCCUGAGAGCAGCACUGGCGGCCGGGAGGCUGCGAGCUCCGGGCACCGCGGGGACCACUGAGGAGCAGCAGAACAGAGUAUACUGGAAGCCAGACUGAGGACAGAUUGUGUGGGAGAAGAACGCAGGAUGCAGGCAGAGGAUCCAAGAAGCAAAGCGAGAUUGUUAACGGACGCAGAGACAACAAGUAGGCUUGAAGGAUGCUGCUCUACCCUGGAGCUGUGGGGUACAUCCUUUACGUGUAUUACUCAGUAGCCAUAGCCCACACGUUGCCCACCCCGUUCUGGUUUUACUGAAGCUGGGAGCUCCAUAGCUGGACAGGUGGCCUCCUGGAAGUCAUCGUACGUCUUGGUGUCAUCUUUUCGAAUCUUCCCUUCUUUGGUUUCUUGGAGUGGAAUUAUAGUUGAACAUUGUUUUGUGGCAGGCCCACCUUUUCAUGGUCACACUCUGGACCAACACAUUGGACUUGUGGCUAUUGAAGACUUAGCCAUUUAAAUAUGGCGGCCGGAGUGGCUACGUGGCUCCCCUUUGCUCGAGCAGCAGCGGUGGGAUGGCUUCCCCUUGCAAAGAGGCCCAUGCCCAAGGCCCCAAAUGACAAAAGGAAGAGAAAUGAUGAGAUCCUUGUGGUGAAUGUAAGUGGGAGGAAGUUCCAGACUUGGAGGAACACGUUGGACAGGUACCCGGACACCCUGUUGGGCAGCACAGAGAAAGAAUUCUUCUUCAACCAAGAGACGCAAGAAUACUUUUUCGACCGCGAUCCAGAGAUGUUUAGACACAUUCUCAACUUCUACCGGACAGGCAAGCUGCAUUAUCCUCGCCAUGAGUGCAUCCAAGCCUUCGAUGAGGAGCUCUCGUUCUAUGGUAUCAUACCUGAGAUCAUUGGAGACUGCUGCCUAGAGGAAUAUCGUGAUCGCAAGAAAGAAAACCUGGAGAGGCUGGCGGAGGACACGGAAGCGGAGACUGCUGGCGAUACCUCUCUGCCCCCUGACAGUACCUUCCGUCAGCGACUGUGGAGAGCCUUUGAAAACCCUCACACCAGCACUAUGGCCCUUGUCUUCUACUAUGUCACCGGUUUCUUCAUUGCCGUGUCGGUGAUAGCAAAUGUGGUGGAGACGGUGCCUUGUCGCCCACCCGCCGGGCGCCUCAAGGAGCUGCCGUGUGGGGAAAAGUAUGUACUAGCCUUUACCUGCAUGGAUACAGCCUGUGUCCUUAUAUUCACCUUCGAGUACCUCAUGCGCCUGUUUGCAGCGCCAAGUCGUUGUAAGUUUAUGCGUAGCGUUAUGAGCAUCAUCGAUGUGGUGGCCAUAAUGCCAUACUACAUUGGCCUGGUCAUGCCGGACAACGAGAAUGUGAGUGGUGCCUUUGUCACGUUGCGCGUUUUCCGCGUCUUCCGGAUCUUCAAGUUCUCCCGACACUCCCAGGGACUGCGCAUCCUAGGCUACACCUUGAAGAGCUGUGCCUCGGAGCUUGGCUUCCUCCUCUUCUCCCUCACCAUGGCCAUCAUCAUCUUCGCCACCGUCAUGUUCUAUGCAGAGAAGGGAACGAGCAAGACGAAGUUCACCAGCAUUCCUGCUGCCUUCUGGUACACCAUUGUCACCAUGACAACUCUGGGGUAUGGUGACAUGGUUCCAGACACAAUAGCUGGGAAAAUAUUUGGUUCCAUCUGCUCCCUUAGCGGAGUUCUGGUUAUCGCACUACCAGUCCCCGUCAUCGUAUCUAACUUCAGCCGAAUUUACCACCAGAACCAGCGGGCGGACAAGCGCCGGGCGCAGCAGAAGAUCCGCCUGGCCAGGAUUAGACUGGCAAAGAGCAACACGACCAACGCGUUUCUCCGUUACAAGGACAGUGGGGGCCUAGAGGAGAAUACCGAGAGCUACGCUCUAUGUAUCAAGAAUCGCUCAGCGUUUGAGUUACAGCAUCACCAUCUCCUGCACUGUCUGGAGAAGACCACGUGCCAUGAGUUUACAGAUGAGCAUAGAUACAGCGAUGCCCUCAUGACUGAGUCCAUCGGAUACCGGACCAGCCGCAGCACUUCUGUGUCCUCCCAGCAGGGCCUGAGUACCUCCUGCUGCCCACGCCGUUCCAAGCGCCGCGCCAUCCGACUUGCUAACUCCACUGUCUCCGUCAGCCGUGGCAGCAUGCAGGAGCUGGAUACUCUGCAUGUGCAGAAGAGCCUUAACCAGAGUCGCUCCAGUCUCAAUGCCAAAUCUCACGGGAACAUGAAGCUGAAUUGUGAGACAUCGGACCUUACAGCUGCUAUCAUCAGCAUCCCGACACCGCCGGACCACACGCCGGACGACCUCUCGUCACCCAGUUCCGGCAUCCUGAGGAACUCCAGUAUCACGGCCAGAUAUUACCAGGAGACUGUCAGGAUUUCCAGCUUGUAGGGUCUGGUAUACCCCUGAACGAGUGACGUCUCCAACACACUGUGACACCGCACACGCAAACACCUCGCAGCAAGCACAUCCCAGACAAUCAGCUCAUCUCCAUGCGGCCGGCUGACGCGACACAAAUGCCACUGUCGGACUAGACCCACACAGCGCAUUCUCACGGGGGAAACCGGCUGCGACUGCACAAUGACACGGCUUACGAGCAGGAGAGUUCAUUCACACAAGCCGUGCGCACGCCCGCCGCACGCUUCUACACAGAUCAGAGCAACACAACGAAAAUCACUGAGGCAGACUACACGUCCCUCGUACCGCAAACACCAACGCGAAUCACGCCAAGCACUACUUUCCAUCAUGGACCUCUAAUAGGAGCGCUUCAGCUGAGGGCUAAUAAUAAUGCGGAGUAUUAAAAGCACAUAAAAAUGAACAUUUAUUAAGGGGUUCGGGUCUUGUACGUAAGAAGGGAUGAUUAAGGCAGACAUUUUGGGGUCUCAUUUAGAGUUGGCACCAAACGUAAAAAUAUAGGCGCACAAUUGCGGCCUAGCGCAUGUAUUUUCUGGUGCACGUGUCUGAUGAUACCUGUAGCUCAAAAUACAGUGUGAUAAAGCAGUCGUAUCAAGGAACCCCCCCCCCCCCCUCUUUAACACGUAUCCUGAUGUAGCCUCCUACGAGGUAUGCCAAUCAUUAUCAUCAACUUAAUGAGGCGCGUUUACAGCGUUCGUGAUGAUGGUGUUAAAAAAAAAAGAAUACAUUUAAAAAAUGUAAAUAAAAUACUGACUGCCUGCCCGCUAACACUUUACUAACCCCAAGCUAUGCGCUAUUAUAGGGGGUCUCUGUAGUUCCCACAGUAAACUGAUAGACAAUACUAGUUUACUAUGUGGAACUGCAGAAUGCAUUUGGAUUUGCUUGCUAAGGCCUUCUGAUAUAUAUAUAUAUAUAGUAGUACUACAAGCACCAGCAUGCCAGAUCAGUGACUGGCUGUCAAAGCUUUCUGGGAAUUGUUUUACCACAUACCAAAUAAUUAAUUUUACUAACUUCAAUUUACAAGCCCAAGCUUCACAAGUCCUAGGGUAGGGGGUGGUGGUGCACUUUUGUGUUUUGUUUUCUGGUAGGCCCAGAUACGCAUGGGAUUUCAAUCCCAUGCUGACCUGGCUGCUUUCCAUAGUGACAGGGUGACACCACAGAGCGAAUCUCUCAGCUACAGGGUGCCCUCAUCAGGGCUUGAGUAGUCACAAAAUCUACAUCUCCUAAGAGACCUAGUCAAGGCAACAAAUCCACGGGGCGCCCGUGCUGUCAUUAGGUUGUGCAUUGUCCAGUCAUGGGGGCUGAAAGUACAACUCUUAAGUGUCCAUGUAGUGUUCCGCUGCAGGACUUGGCUCCUGAAAGUGGGACUUAAGCCCAACUCUAAAUGAGGCCCUUUAUGUGUACCCAUUCCUCCCAUGGUGCAGCAGACAUUUUGUGGGGCGAAUACAUUUUCAUGAGCAGGAGAAAGACUGGGGCCACUAAGACACUGAGCGCACAGUCUAUUAGAUCACAAGAGACACGUGAGAGUUUGGGCCUUGGUGGUUUUACUGGCUCCUCGGUGAUAGGCUGCAUUAUCAUAAACAUGGAUGCCUCUGCUUGGUAUAGGCAGUAGGUGUAUUCCAUGGGCAUUCAGUGUGCACCACCAUACACUAAAAGCACCUGGCGGGGAAGGUGGGAUCUCUUGGCAGCCCUGAUUACAUUCUAGCGGGUGCAGUCCCCAGUAUAUCUUACAGGCGCUUAAUCUGAAAGUCCCCCAUGUUCUUAGAACAUUAGCGCUACGUGGCCAGGAAACCAGGCAGAGCUUUCUCAGUGGUUUUCAUACACAGACUUAACAGGAGCCAUAGAGGGUAGGUCUGUCAGAGUAGAGAGAGCAGGUGCCCACACAUGCAAGGAUUCAAUCAAUUUGGGUAAAAAUAUAUUUUUGCAAAUGAUCUUCUACAUGCAGGCAGAACAAUCUAAGUCUGAUAAACCUGACCAUCCAGUAUGAUCGAACACAAUGAUACUGUUGUAGUAAUGUUAAUUAAGAUCUUCCAGUUAAGAUUCACACAUGUAGCGAUCAUUGUAAGAUCUCAUCUAAUAUGAUUGCAGCAUGAAAACACAUUUUGCAUGUGUGGACAUCUUAAAUAAGAGUCCAGAAGAAUGUGCAUCAGAGGAGGGGGUUAGGUCUGUCAGGGUAAAGUCUGGCAAAAAAGGUGGUACAUUUGUGAGAGUACAGUGAAAGUCUGUCAUUAUAUGGGAAUAGUAGAAGGAACCUCUGUCAGAGUAUGGGAAGAAGUCUGUCACAGUAGAGGGAAGAUCUGUCAGAGUAUGGGAAGAAGUCUGUCAUAGUAGAGGGAAGAUCUGUCAGAGUAUGGGAAGAAGUCUGUCAUAGAGGGAACAUCUGUCAGAGUAUGGGAAGAAGUCCGUCAUAGUAGAAUGAAGAUCUGUCAGAGUUUGGGAAGAAGUCUGUCAUAGAGGGAAGAUCUGUCAGAGUAUGGGAAGAAGUCUCAUAAUAGAGGGAAGAUCUGUCAGAGUAUGGGAAGAAGUCUGUCAUAGUAGAGGGAAGAUCUGUCAGAAUAUCGGUAGAAGUCUGUCAUAGUAGAGGGAAGAUCUAUCAGAGUAUGGGAAGAAGUCUCAUAGUAGAGGGAAGAUCUGUCAGAGUAUGGGAAGAAGUCUCAUAGUAGAGGGAAGAUCUGUCAGAGUAUGGGAAGAAGUCUGUCACAGUAGAGGGAAGAUCUGUCAGAGUAUGGGAAGAAGUCUCAUAGUAGAGGGAAGAAGUCUGUCAUAGUAGAGGGAAGAUCUGUCAGAAUAUCGGUAGAAGUCUGUCAUAGUAGAGGGAAGAUCUAUCAGAGUAUGGGAAGAAGUCUCAUAGUAGAGGGAAGAUCUGUCAGAGUAUGGGAAGAAGUCUCAUAGUAGAGGGAAGAUCUGUCAGAGUAUGGGAAGAAGUCUCAUAAUAGAGGGAAGAUCUGUCAGAGUAUGGGAAGAAGUCUGUCACAGUAGAGGGAAGAUCUGUCAGAGUAUGGGAAGAAGUCUCAUAGUAGAGGGAAGAAGUCUGUCAUAGUAGAGGGAAGAUCUGUCAGAGUAUGGGAAGAAGUCUGUCAUAGUAGAGGGAAGAUCUGUCAGAAUAUCGGUAGAAGUCUGUCAUAGUAGAGGGAAGAUCUGUCAGAGUAUGGGAAGAAGUCUCAUAGUAGAGGGAAGAUCUGUCAGAGUAUGGGAAGAAGUCUGUCACAGUAGAG